UCUUUCCCUCUCCCACGGAGAUCUCAUGGCGCAAAGUGGGGAGUCCCAGGACGGGCCUCUUUCUUCUUCCUCCGAGGGCGCCACUUGCGACCUUUGCGCGCCGGAGGAGCCCCGACCCGCGGCAUGGCGCUGCUUCACCUGCCUGCGCUCUUUCUGCGAAGCCCACGCGCGGCUUUCCCACGGAGGAGUGGACGGGGAGCCCGGCCCGGCUUUCCGCGGCCAUCGCUUGCGUGUAGUCGGGGCUUCAGAGGGAGAAGAGGAGGAGGAUUGGGGAGCUCUGAUAGACCUGGAGCGUUUGUGCGCGGAUCACGCGGGAAGGCCCGUGGAGCUGUUCUGCGUGGAGUGCGGGCGCUGCGUGUGCGCCCUCUGCCCGGCUGUAGGAGCCCACCAGGGCCACGCCGUCCAGCUCCUGGCCCAGGCCGCCCAGAGCAAGAGGGAAAUAAUGGCAUCGUGCUUGAAACAGUUAGCCCUGAAGCAGCAGCAGGAAAGGGACAACUCAAAACAUAUAGAAGAGGCGACAAACGCACUAAAGGCUCAGGCAUUGGCAAGUAGAACCUGGCUGAUGGGGAAGUUCACUGAGCUCCGCCUCCUAUUUGAUGAGGAGGAAACCUUGACGAAAAGAUACAUCGAUGAGAAGGUCCAGCAGACUCUAAGGGCAUAUGCAGAACAAUCGGAGGCAUGCAAGGGACACGUGGAGACCAUAAACAGUUUUAUGGACAGGAUCAGGCAAAUCCAACUUCAACCUGACCCUCUCUUUUUGCUGAAGGAGUACAGCAUGAUAGAAAAGGAUAUGUUGAAGCAGAGGAUCCCCGCAGAGCAAUUGGCUCCAGUGCCUGUAUCGUUCGAACACAUUACAAACCACUUCAAGCUCUUUCUGGAGGCCAUUCAAUCCAUCUUCCAGAAACCACUCAAAACUCGGCUCAAAGAAGAUGUUUUUAGUAGCCUCGACAGCACCUUGAAGAAGGAGCCGGGUACCUUGCUGAAAUUAAACUCCUGCAUAGACCGGUCCCUUUUCUUAAAACAUGCAAGAACCCCAACUCUGGAGAUAAAUAGUUUGCACCCCAGGCUGACCUUGUCCGAGGACCGUCUGUCUGUGAGCUAUUGCUGGAGAAGAAAACUUUAUCCCUCAAGCCCACAGAGGUUUGACAAACUCUGGCAAGUCUUGAGCAGAGAUUCCUUCUUUGCUGGGAGCCAUUACUGGGAGGUGGAUUUAUUUCAAGCCGAACAAGGAUGGUGGAUUGGGGCCGCCUAUCCUUCCAUCAAGAGGAAAGGGGACUCCGAACUUUGCCGUCUGGGCUGCAACCGUGCUUCCUGGUGCAUUAAAAGGUUUGAAUUUGAAUAUUGGGCAUUCCACGAUGGAGAGAGAAUCCCAAUUCGGAUACAGAACGAUCCCAACCGAGUAGGAGUUUUCCUGGAUUAUGAAGCUGGGGUCUUGUCUUUCUACAAUGUAACAGACGGAAUGGCCCACCUACACACAUUUCAUGCCAAAUUUACUGAGCCAAUUUACCCUGCGCUGAGGGUGUGGGAUGGUGCAUUAACAAUAUAUAAGAUAACCUAAACGCUGAUAGCACUCAUAAUAAAUUGGUACUGAACUCUUGGAUAGUUAAAAAGAAGGAGCUCUUCUUUAUAACUGCUGCAAUAGGCACUUCUGAUUUUUUUGAGGGAGGUGGGAGGAAGAGAGUAAUACAUCGCAGAGCAUGGAGACAUUUCCCAAAGGGUAGUUCAUUAUAUAAGAAGGCAGCUGUAUAUAUUGGAAUGUUUCCUGUGACUUACAUAUGCACAAAUUUAUUAUUGUGUACAGAAAUUUAAUAUUUCUAGCAAUUUAAAUGUUUAAAUUCAUUUUAAGAGCUAAUUUCCUACUCCACAUAGAUACCUUGUUUCCCAGAAAAUAAGUCCUAGCAUGAUUGGGUUGUUGUAGGUU